AUGGAUAUGAAUGACUCCUUCUUCAGUGAUGACGAACCAGACCAAUGUGAACAAGUAGGACAGACCAACGCCUCCAAGAAAUGGCUGAGCUCUACGUUUGCAUCGCUUGCCCAACUGGAACAUGUCAAGCCAAAUGUCUACAAUGUUGGGUUGGUGGACCCAAAAGAGCUCAAGGGAAAUAAUCUUAGCAAUGCCAACAAACGGAGUCAGAGCUUCACCAACUUGUCCACUAACCCGCCAUUAUCCACACUAUCUUCUCAAAAAACUGCUUGGGGAAGUAAUGGGUCAAUUCCUGACCUCGUCAAACAAGCAGCAAAGCAUGAUGGGCGUCCACAUCGGCCAGAGAGUGCCAAGGCGCCAUCCAGAAGGUACCGCCCACCCAGUGGGAAAAAGCCACGUCCAGAGAGUGCCAAGGAGGGUUCACUUCCCCCUCGACCUCCCCCUAAAAUAUCUGUGAUGGGGGCUAAGUAUGAUUCUGUGGGAAGACCAGUGAAACAGACGCCUUACCAAUCCGUUUCCACAGGCUGGGCGGGGCCGCCGGUGGGGAUGAAGUACCCUGACUCCCAGUCAGAGCAAGGCAUUGCUCAUGCUCCUUAUUCAGUGCCAGACACACCCCCUCCUCCACCCCAAGGGACCCCUGUUCCUCGUCUAGAUAUUGACGUUGAAAUGCCAAAUAUCAAUGAAGGAGAAAGUGUUGAAGAUGACACAGUGAAACUGAAAUACACAAAGACAAAAUCUGAGGCAUCCCACCCAGUAGAACUUUUGCGCCGUCCUACACCUGAAUCUCUCCAUCUUAAUCUGGAUAUUCCAACCAUGAAUGAGGAGGACAGUGCAGAGGACAGUGAAUUAGACACAGACAGAUUAUUGGAAAAAGCUGAAAAAUAUUCUACAAACAAACAUCCAGGGGAAGAGGAUUUUGUCCAUGAUGUUACAGAAGGUAAUAGAUCUGGUGAGUUUGUGGACACAUGUGAUAAAACUGAUGACCCAUUAGAGGAAGAUGAGGACUCAUUUUCCUUUCACAGCAGAAUAGAAUCAUCUACUGACAGUGAUGAACCAUGGACUGAUGAGGAAGAGCCUGUUAAACCAGUGGAAAAACUUGCUGUCAAGUUCAGUGAGGAAAGGAAUGUGACUAUAGACAUUACACCCAGGAAUGCUGGGCAUAAGGUAGGAAGUUUGUCACCCAGAGGUCACCAUAAACAGGAAGGUCAAAGGUCAGGGGGCAAAAGUGCUGUCAGUGAGGAUGAGGCACAUAGACUUAAGGCAGCUUUGUCUGUAAAAAGUGUUGUGAAUAAACCCACGGUAGGAUUUCUGGACGAUUCUGAAGAAAAUACACAAAACUAUGUGCCUCAAAUUACAGUGGUAAGGAAAAACCAAAGGCCGUCAUCAGCGGUGAUUAAAAAGACAGAUAAAGAGAGACCAAAGGACAGACAACGCCCAAGUUCUGCCACAGUAAGACCUAGUAGUAAACCAGUAGGAAAAUCGCUUGAUAAACCAAUCACGCAAAUCAUUGUUGAUUAUGGAGAAGAGGAAAGAAGGAUGAAAAAGGUACAGAAAAAGCUACGAGAAAAAGAUGUUGUCACCCUGGUUCAACAGCUUUCAGCAUCAGAAGAUGAAAGUAGUGUAGAAUCUGAUGAGGAUGUUGAAAUCACACCAGAAUUACUACGUCCAGGCUCUCCAACCAAAUGUACAUCUGAACCAACCAAAAACUACUACGAAAUAUCCAGACAGUCGGCCAUUAGUCGAUCAAGUGUCGUAGAUAAGAUGUUUGAAAAACUGAAAGAUAAUGCAUCUGGACUAUCUACAACAAUGGUAACUGAGUCUGGAGAAAAGGACCCGAAGGAAAGUGCUGCGGUGAAAAGUGUGUUAGAUUCACAGCUCCUUCGUAUCAAUGAGAAACAAAUGGUGGCUCAUCAAUUAGAUACCAACAGAGAAAAAGCUAAAGCCGUCCGACCACCUAGUGCUAAGGUGCAGCAUAAGCCUCCUGUGGCUCGCCCAGCUGAGUCAGAUGACCAUGAACGUCCAGGGUCAAGGCUGGGAUUUGUUGCAAUGGCACCAGAGCAAGCUUCAAAUCAAACUAACAGUCGGAAGGUUACAAGACGACCAACCUCAGCACAAUCUAGACCAGGUAAAGCUCCCUCUAGUGGUGAGAAGUGUAAUUCCGAUCCAGUGGAGGAUGCAGUAACUAAAUCAGCAUCACAAGAGGAGAAUACACCCAGUGCUGAGGUGACGGGCCUCACCGACAGACAGAUAGAAAUUCAAAGACUCAUGAACAAACAUUUAGUUCGACCCUCAUCUGCCAUCUCAAAUAACCUCACCUCACCAAAAUCUCCAAAGUCACCUAAAUGUAAAAUUCCUAAAUCACCUACUGUCCUGACAUCAGCCAGACCAGAUCCAAAGAUGUCAUCAGCAAGGUCAGGGUUAAAGGUCAACUCUCCGAGGUCACAGAAGGAGAAAGCAAUCGAUGACAUGAUAGAAAAGCACCUGAAACGCCCAGCGUCAGUGUUCACACCUGAUGUUAUGAACGAAUCAAUGGGUGAUUCCUCACCAUCACCACCCUCAUCUCCGGUACCGGUAGUCAAGGAAACAGAAUCAGCACCACCAGCAGUGCCUAUCCCUAAAUCCACCAAAGGUCGCAUCAACCAUGCUGCUUCACUACCAAGUCCAAAGUCCACUCUAGUCUCUGAAUUGAAUGCUGCUGAAAGAAAUGGUGCAGGAAUUAGCUGUAAGCAUGGAUGUCCCCACGGACACAGCCAUACAGAAACACCAGGAAUAACAUCUAAAGCAAACGCAAAGUCAUCAUUCUACACAAGGGCAAAGUCAGCUCCAGUCAAGAGAAGAACUGCAAACAAGGAACCAAAGAUCCGCUACACCAAACCUCUCUACCUCAACACCAUCAACCAUAGUGAUUACCUCAACACCAUCAACCAUAGUGAUUACCCUGAGACAGAGGAGGCCCAGGAAUGUACAGUGAUGCAGGCAAAACUGGCAGCCAAAGGAAUUAAUAUUAGCGCAAAAACACUAGAGAGAGCUCUCUACCCUCCGUCAGGACAGACCACCUACUAUGAAAUCAAGGCCAAUCUGCCAAGGUCACAUUCUCUUGGGUUACUGAGCCACCCAAAAGUAUGGCUACCAGAUGAGUACAGGCAGCUCAAGUCAGCAGAAAAAGCUCUGGCUAAAGUGAAUGAAAUCAUGUACAUGCAGAAGAAGGCAGAAGAAAGGAAAGCAAAGCAAGCAGAAGGAACAGUGGUAAAGAAGAAGAAAAAGAAAGGAAAGAAAAGGCCAACAUCAUCGCUGAAAAGAAGCAAGAGUUUCAGUUAG